AUGUGUCAAUUCUGGGUCGAUAACCACCCCCUGACCGGUAAGAACCGAACCAGGAUUGGUCCCGAUUGCCAGAAGAUCAGUUGCAAGUAUUCGGAAGCCGGUAAAAUCUGGCGAAGCAUGACUGGUAGCCCCGGUGCGAUGCAAACGGCCCGCGGCAAUGCUGCUGGAGGCAGCCUCAUCACCAUUUGGCAUGGAGCCGCCGGUGAGACUCCCCCCACGGCAUAUGUCAAUGGGAGGCCGGUCAUUGACCCAAACACAAACGCUGAGGGAUCUGUAAGUCUUGAAAACUCUACCACCAUCCCGGCAUGUUCUUCAGCCGACCCGAGAAUAUCUUCUAGGACUCCACCAAGGAGUCCUGUGGAAAUACUCAAUCUCACUCCAAGCCCACCAAGGACCCCAGCGAGGGUAGGUACAAGACAAGGUAUAUCCUAUAAUUUCGGAAUACCCAGAGAUAUUAGGAAUCGAAUUCGAGACGAGAGAGCCAGUACCGAAAGGGCAAGAAGGAGACGACGGAUGAGAAGGGCAGGAAUCGCGGGAAUGAGAGAAAGAGCAGGGUUGAGAGGAAGGAGAGAUAACUGA